CAUUUACUUUCCGUCCCAUGUCUCCGAUAGACGGUGUUCUGACUUGGUAUACUGUUUUACGACAUCAAAAUUGACCAAAAACCAAACUCCUACCCCGGCGCUACAUACCAUACCUAUGUUUCCCUCCCACGACUAGUGAAAAGCCGAUCGCAUCGCAAGUGUCUCAAACAAACGAAAAAAAAAAGAUAAAAAAAAAAGCAUGGAGCGUAUGGAGAGUGCCGGCGAGGGAUCUAGCAGAUUGAACUCGAGGCUAAUGACGCUUGGCGAUGCUAUGCGAGCUCCCUCUAUCAACCCCCCGGGCGUAGUCGUACUAGACAGUUUACACUUCGAGAGGGAUCGCGAGGAAGCGGUAGACCCGAAGGAGGAUUUAUGGUUGUCAUCGGCCGAUGGGAGAUACAACUCCGCAAUCAUACCUCUCCGCGUUGGCACAGCACCGGACCGUCAGACAUUUUACGUCCACAAGAGCGUCCUCAUAAAAGCAGACUUCUUCCGGAAAGCGCUAUGCGGCGAGUUCAUGGAGUCGGAGGCCCAGGCCAUCGACCUGCCGGAGGAGGACCCGGCGAUAUUCCACUUCGUCGUGGCCUUCCUCUACGAGAAUAAAUACGUGCCCAUCAGAGCGGCGGCGACUGUGCUUGUCGCCGACGACAAAAUAAAAACCCGACAACAGCAACAGCGAGAAGAAGAGCAAAACGCCGCCUCCGACUCCGACUCGAGCGUGAGCUCCCUCAUCAGCGACUCGACCACGGCCCGGAGCCAGCGGCAGCGCGACCGGCGGCGCAGGCGCGAGGACCGGCACCGGGAGCGGGAGCGGCGGAAGCACCCGGGCACGCACCGACCGGGGUGCGCGUGCCGGCAGUGCCUGAUGCGCGGCGGGCCCCCCUGCUGGAACUGCGGCGCCCCGCGCUUCCCGCCUCACCCGGGCCCCAUGCCCGUGCACGUGCCCCCCGGCGUCGUCGUCUUCAACGCCGAGCCCCCGCGCCCGCGCCACCGGCGACACAGGCAUAACCGGCACCGCCCACCCACUCCCCCCCCUCCCGCCGCUGGCACCGGGCUCGACCGCAACAGCGGCAUCAACCACGAAAACCGCAUCCACGGCCAAGACCUGCGCACCUGGCUCUUGACCUACGAGUUCAACCUCGACGUCUACAUCUGCGCCAACAAGUUCCUCCUCGACGACUUCAAGCGCGCCAUCGCCCGCGUCUGCAUCGACAUGCUCGAGACCGCUGGCGCCGACGCCGCCCAGAUCGAGGUCCUGCGCCUCUGCCACAAGCUGUACCAGGGCCUGCCCGAGUCCGACGCCCUGCUGCGCAUGGUCUUCGCCCGCGUCGGCUUCCUGAACCCGCAUCUCUGGCGCCGCAGCCCCGAGGACACUUCCGAUUUCUUCCACGCCCACCCCGAGGUCUCGGCGCUUAUGUUCAAGGAGACGCUUGUGCGUCGCGAGGACGAGCACACUGAGUUGCCGGCUAUGGAGAGGCCCCUUUUCGCUGUUGGGCCUCGCCCCACUUUCCCUGGUAUAAAUCCCCGCGCUUUGAUGGCGGGACGGAGGAUUCCGCGAGGUGAUUAUUAUAAUGGCAUGUGACGAGAUUUCUUUUUAGCGCUCCAGGGUCUACGUAGAGGGGCGAGGAAGGUGAAGGAGGGAAGGGGUUGUCGAGAUACGAUAUACCGUAAGGGAGUAAUGGGCUUAUUUAUAUUUAGGUACACGAUGAGUGGGUACCUAGAUAGGCUUGCACAUGUAUGCUGGUAACGGCUGGAU